AUGGCUUCUGCUACGAAUGCAAAUGGUUCUACAGAUGCUUCCACACCUGUGAAUCCAUCUUCUUCUUCUUCACAAGAAUCUCCAAUGGAUGACCCUCUGUUCUUGCAUCACGCAGAGAAUCCAAGUUUAGUGCUUGUCACACAGCCAUUGAUAGGUGGUGAAAAUUAUUCAGCUUGGGCUCGUGCAGCCUGGAUAAGAUGUGACAACAUGGUUGGGACAUGGCUAACCAAUUCAGUCUCACCAAAGCUCCAAGCAAGCAUCAUUUAUGAAGAUACUGCCUUAGAAAUUUGGAAUGACUUGAAGAAUCGCUUUGCCCAAACAAAUGGACCUAGAGUUUUCAAUCUUCAAAAGGACAUAGCAGAGCUUCAUCAAGGAGAGAUGUCUAUCACUGACUUCUUCACCCAGUUGAAGUUCGAUCUCAAGUCCUUGCUUAUGGACCCUAUUCCGUCUCUUAGCAAAGUUUACUCUUUGCUAAUUCAAGAAGAGACACAAAGAUCAGUGCCUAACACAUCUUUUGCUAAGGUUGAUUCCAUUGCUUUGGCUGCUAAGUUGUCCAAUGAACAUCUUGGUUCAUUUCUUGGUAGUGCUGCUGGCAAAGGGAAGGAGAGACCAACUUGCACACAUUGUGGCAAGACUGGUCACAUAGUGGAUAAAUACUAUAAAAAGCAUAGUUUUCCACCAGGUUUUAAGUUCAAGAAUAAGCCAUUUAUGGCUCAUCAAGUAUCUUCAGAUGCUUCACCCAUUGUUGCUCCAAUUGCUUCACUAAUGCAUCAUCAGACUGCUUUUACUCCUGAACAGUAUCAAUAG